GACUCUACCAUUGAAACCAAAGUACCAAACACCUAUAUUACGGUUCUUUUGCUUUCCUCUGCUUCAGUGUCUCUUGAGGAAGAAGAUGAAGGUGAAGAAGGGGUGGCUCGCAGUUCAAGUGGAAGAGGAAUCAGAAGAGGGUGGAAGUAACUCUCAAAGAUUUGAGAUCCCAAUUUCUUAUCUUUAUCAUCCUCUUUUCAAGGGUCUUCUUGACAAAGCUUAUGAGGUUUAUGGCUAUCACCCAGAGGGUCCCCUUAAAUUGCCAUGUUCAGUUGAUGACUUUCUUCAUCUUCGUUGGAGAAUCGAGAAAGAAUCCAUACCCCAUCAUCAUAAUCAUCAUCACCAUCACCAUCAUCACCAUGAUCAUCAUCAUCGCCAACUUCCUCACGCCUUGUAUUUCCACUCUUGUUAAUUCCCACUUGUAUAACUCCUUUUUUCUUGGUCCUUUUAGUGUUUCUCUCUGCCUUUGCCUUUUUUUUUUCUUUUCAA